AUGAAUAUGUUGGAUGAUGAAGAUGACCAAAGCUUUCACGCUACGCGUGACGGCUACUCCCAUUUGAGAGAUGUCGAAUGGGAUGCGGUUGAACGAAUGGGUUCGCCCAUGGGCAUCCAUGCUGUUAGCGUCAUGCUAGAGGCUCUCAAUAGAGAUGCCCAACAUGCUACUAUCGCCAAGUUCAUUCAAAAUGAACUUGACGCAGAACGCGAGAAAGUAGCCUUGCUUCACCAACAAGGUUCUCAACAAGCAGAGUUGUUGAGAGAACAGGGUGCUCAACAGUUUGAACUGUUGAGACAGCAGCAGGCUGCUGCUGGCGGGUCGAUGCAUUCUCGUCGACCCGAGACUUUGAAGAUUGACAUCUCCAAGUAUAAGGGGGUCGAAGAAGACUCCCUCUUGAGAUGGUUCAUCGAAUUGGAUGACGCCAUAAGGGCGCGUCGCAUCGACGACGGGGAUAUGCAAGUUGCAUGUGCCCAGUCAAAUCUGGCAGGACGUGCAAGACUUGGGCACUGGGGCUCAAGUCGCACGACCCAUAUGCGUUUGGGUCGUUGGAAGUCUUCAAGUCGCGGCUCAGACAAACGUUUGAACCGCCUAGAGCUGAGUUCAGAGCUCGAACCGAACUCUUGA